UGGGUAGAGUGGGCUCGGUUGGUGCUGAGGGCCGUGUUUGGUACCGGCUGGGGGCAGCUUCGGAAAGAGGCCCAACGGAGAGGCCUCAAUGUCAGCGUAGGGAGAGUAAGGCGGGGGCGGGCGAAGGCUGGUGGAGUCGCAUCGGAGGGCGGUAUUCGUGACCGGGAGCUGUGUGAGGAGAGACACCGGAGGGGGAAUCAACAGUAGCCUUCCAUGAGGAACUGCCUUUUCCACUUGCUGCUGGAGUUAAUGGUGUUUCCUGCUGGCAGAAUCAGGGACAUGCCAGCACUAGCGGGAUGAGUGGGUGCUCCGGCGGGGAUGUGGUCACUGCCGGCCAGUGAGGGUGAGAGUGCCACAGCCCACUUCUUCCUGGGAGCUGGAGAUGAGGGGCUGGGCACCCGUGGAAUAGGCAUGAGGACAGAAGAGAGUGACAGCGAGCUCCUUGAGGAUGAGGAGGAUGAAGUGCCUCCUGAACCUCAGAUCAUUGUUGGCAUCUGUGCCAUGACCAAGAAAUCCAAGUCCAAGCCAAUGACCCAAAUCCUAGAACGACUCUGCAGAUUUGACUACCUAACUGUUAUCAUUCUGGGAGAAGAUGUGAUCCUCAACGAACCUGUGGAAAACUGGCCAUCUUGCCACUGCCUCAUCUCUUUCCACUCCAAAGGAUUUCCUCUGGAUAAAGCUGUUGCUUACUCCAAGCUUCGAAACCCCUUUCUUAUCAAUGACCUGGCUAUGCAGUAUUACAUCCAGGAUAGGAGGGAGGUGUACCGGAUCCUGCAGGAGGAAGGUAUUGAUCUGCCUCGAUAUGCUGUGCUCAACCGUGACCCUGCCCGGCCUGAGGAAUGCAACCUGAUAGAAGGUGAAGACCAGGUAGAGGUAAAUGGAGCUGUCUUUCCCAAGCCCUUUGUGGAGAAGCCAGUGAGUGCAGAGGACCAUAAUGUUUACAUCUACUACCCCAGUUCAGCUGGAGGAGGAAGUCAGCGCCUCUUCCGUAAGAUUGGCAGCCGAAGCAGCGUUUACUCUCCUGAGAGCAGUGUCCGCAAGACAGGAUCAUACAUCUAUGAGGAGUUUAUGCCAACAGAUGGCACAGAUGUCAAGGUAUAUACAGUGGGGCCUGAUUAUGCCCAUGCUGAAGCCAGAAAAUCUCCAGCCCUGGAUGGGAAGGUUGAACGAGACAGUGAAGGGAAAGAGAUUCGAUAUCCAGUCAUGCUGACUGCCAUGGAAAAGCUGGUGGCCAGGAAAGUCUGCGUAGCUUUUAAGCAAACAGUUUGUGGUUUUGACCUUCUUCGUGCCAAUGGUCACUCUUUUGUGUGUGACGUCAAUGGCUUCAGUUUUGUCAAGAAUUCGAUGAAAUACUAUGAUGACUGUGCCAAGAUUCUGGGGAACACCAUCAUGCGGGAGCUUGCUCCACAGUUCCAGAUCCCAUGGUCCAUCCCCACAGAGGCUGAGGACAUUCCCAUUGUCCCUACCACAUCUGGCACUAUGAUGGAACUUCGUUGUGUCAUUGCAAUUAUCCGUCAUGGGGAUCGUACCCCUAAACAGAAAAUGAAGAUGGAGGUGACACAUCCAAGGUUUUUCAGUCUAUUUGAAAAACAUGGUGGCUACAAGACGGGUAAAUUAAAACUGAAGCGGCCAGAGCAGCUACAGGAGGUGCUGGAUAUCACAAGGCUGUUAUUGGCUGAACUGGAGAAAGAACCAGGUGGUGAGAUCGAGGAGAAGACUGGGAAACUAGAGCAGCUGAAGUCUGUGUUGGAGAUGUACGGUCAUUUCUCAGGCAUCAACCGGAAAGUGCAGUUGACUUACUACCCUCAUGGAGUAAAAGCUACUAAUGAGGGGCAAGACCAACAGCAGGAAGCCCUCGCCCCGUCUCUAUUGCUGGUACUGAAGUGGGGUGGAGAAUUGACUCCUGCCGGUCGUGUUCAGGCUGAGGAGCUGGGGCGAGCUUUUCGGUGCAUGUACCCUGGAGGACAGGGUGACUAUGCUGGCUUCCCUGGUUGUGGGCUGCUUCGUCUCCAUAGCACUUUCCGCCACGAUCUCAAGAUCUAUGCCUCUGAUGAGGGCCGUGUCCAGAUGACUGCAGCUGCCUUUGCCAAGGGCCUUCUGGCUCUAGAAGGAGAGCUAACACCCAUUUUGGUACAAAUGGUGAAGAGUGCCAACAUGAAUGGGCUCCUGGACAGUGAUGGUGAUUCCUUGAGCAGCUGUCAGCAUCGGGUGAAGGCUCGAUUGCACCAUAUUUUGCAGCAGGAUGCACCUUUUGGUCCUGAGGAUUACGAUCAGCUGGCUCCCACUGGAAGCACUUCCCUCCUCAACUCCAUGGCUGUCAUCCAGAAUCCUGUGAAGGUCUGUGAUCAGGUAUUUGCCCUGAUUGAAAACCUCACUCACCAGAUCCGGGAACGGAUGCAGGACCCGAAGUCUGUAGACUUGCAACUCUACCACAGUGAGACACUAGAGCUCAUGCUACAGCGUUGGAGCAAACUGGAGCGUGACUUUCGACAGAAGAGUGGGCGCUAUGAUAUCAGUAAGAUCCCUGACAUCUAUGACUGUGUGAAGUAUGAUGUGCAGCACAAUGGGAGUCUGGGACUUCAAGGCACAGCAGAGUUGCUACGUCUCUCUAAGGCAUUGGCUGAUGUGGUCAUUCCCCAGGAGUACGGGAUCAGUCGGGAGGAGAAACUGGAAAUUGCUGUGGGCUUCUGUCUUCCACUGUUGCGGAAGAUACUACUUGACCUGCAGAGAACCCACGAGGAUGAGUCUGUCAACAAGCUGCAUCCCCUGUACUCCCGAGGGGUGCUCUCCCCAGGCCGCCAUGUUCGAACACGUCUCUAUUUCACCAGUGAAAGCCACGUCCACUCCCUACUCAGUGUCUUCCGUUAUGGGGGACUUCUUGAUGAGACCCAGGAUGCACAAUGGCAGAGAGCUUUGGCUUAUCUCAGUGCCAUCUCAGAGCUCAACUAUAUGACCCAGAUUGUCAUCAUGCUGUAUGAGGACAACACACGGGAUCCCUUAUCAGAGGAGCGGUUCCAUGUGGAGCUACACUUCAGCCCUGGAGUGAAAGGUGUUGAGGAAGAAGGCAGUGCCCCAGCUGGCUGUGGAUUCCGUCCAGCUUCUUCUGAGAACGAAGAGAUGAAAACAGACCAAGGCAGCAUGGAGAACCUGUGCCCGGGGAAGGCAUCAGAUGAACCAGACCGGGCAUUGCAGACCUCACCCCAGCCCCCUGAGGGUCCUGGCCUCCCAAGGAGAUCACCCCUCAUUCGUAACCGAAAAGCCGGCUCCAUGGAGGUCAUGAACAUGCAGUGCACGGGGAACCUGGACCUGAUCCCCUUGCGGGGGCGGCGUCGCAGGAGGUCAGGAGACCUCCCCAGGCCUUCCCCAGCCAUCGGCCUACAGCCCCGGGCUGUGUCCACCACUCACCUGGCAUCCUGCACACAGGUGCUUUCUGAGACUUCAUCCUCGAGGCCUGGUGGCUACCGGCUCUUUUCAUCUGCACGGCCACCAACAGAGAUGAAGCAGAGUGGCCUAGGCUCACAGUGCACAGGGCUGUUCAGCACCACAGUGCUGGGCGGCUCUUCCAGCGCCCCGAAUCUUCAGGACUACGCCCGCAGCCAUGGCAAAAAGCUACCACCUGCCAGUCUGAAGCACCGAGAUGAGCUCUUGUUUGUCCCGGCCGUAAAACGAUUUUCUGUGUCGUUUGCAAAGCAUCCGACUAACGGAUUUGAAGGGUGUUCCAUGGUGCCUACCAUCUACCCCCUGGAAACACUGCAUAAUGCCCUUUCCCUGCGUCAAGUGAGUGAAUUCCUGAGUAGAGUCUGCCAGCGCCAUACUGAUGCCCAAGCACAGGCAUCUGCAGCUCUCUUUGACUCUAUGCACAGCAACCAAGCCUCAGAUAGCCCAUUUUCCCCACCCCGUACUCUUCAUUCACCUACCCUACAACUCCAGCAGUGCUCUGAGAAGCCCCCUUGGUACAGCAGUGGCCCUUCCAGCACUGUGUCCAGUGCUGGUCCUUCGUCCCCCACUGCAGUGGAUGGUAACUGCCCUUUUGGCUUCAGUAAUCAACCUUCUGUAAGUUCACACAUGAUUGAAGAAUGUCAAACCCUUGGGAUGCUCCCUAGGAAUGGAGAACAAGAGCUCCCCAUUGAAGGGGUGCAAGAGGCUUUUGAACCAAGCCAGUCUUCACAGGAACCACCUGUGGAAACCAGCCAGCCAUGCCAGGAGGUUGCUGAGGAGAUCAGCCAGCCAUGCCAGGACAUCCCUGAAGAGGUCAGCCAGCCAUGCCAGGAGAACCAUGACAACAUUAACCAAAUAUGUCAGGAAGUUCCUCAGAUCCACCAGCCAUGCCAGAAGGCAAGCCCACUGUGUCAGAAAAUCUCUGAGGAAGCUUGCCAGCUUUUCCAGGAGAACCCUGAGGAGGUCAGCCAGCCAUCUCAGGAGGUCCCUGUGGAGGUUGGCGGACUGGCCCAUGGGUUCCCUGUAGGGGUUGGUGGGCUGGUCCAGGAAAUCCAUGUGGAAGUUGGCAAGCCACCCCAAGAGAUCCCUGAGGAGUUCAGCCAGUCAUGCCAGGAGUUCUUUGCAGAGGUUGGCAGGCUGGCCCAAAAGGCUUCUGCAAUCAAUCUGUUGUCUCAGGAGAUUCCUGAGGUAGAUAAACCAUCCCAAGAGUUCCCUGGGGAGGAUGAUCUGCAGGUCCAGGAAGUCCCUGAGGUUAAUCAGCAGUCCUGGGUGGUCCCUGAGGUGAUUGACCAGCUGCCUGGAGAGGAUAUUCCCCAAACCCAGUUUCCAUCAAGUGAUCCAAACCCUCAGAGCCAGUCUUUAACCUGUGACCAGUACUCACCCCUCCCACCAGUAACAUGUGAUUAAUCAUGUUCUCAUUAGUGGUAUCACACUAUACCAGCUAUUUGAGCUAGCAACUUCUUCUGUUGGCUAACUCACCUGCCAGUGUAAGACCUUGGGUCUCACCAGAGGUGUCUGAGGAAGCAGCCCUCUUGGCAUGAAGCCAAGAACUAUGCCAGAGCUGGGCUUGAGAAGGAGCUAAUUUCAUGUUCAAAGCAGCCAUUGACUCCUCACAUGGCCAUUAGACUUGAAUAGGAUUUCCAUCAAGGGGUGGGCUGAUCUAUCAUUACCCAACCUCCUCUGAGCAUCCCAGGAAAUUCCAGAUUGUUAAAGGAAAUGCCACUUAACUGCUGAAGACACCAUCCGGGGACAGCAAGUGCAAAAGGGGACUCCAAGGUCUCCACUUUUCUGAGGAAAUAUUCACAACUUCACAAGGUACCCUUAGACCAUAUGUGCAUUCAGGAGAACUCUUGCAUUUGCUAGCACUCCUCAGGUGGGCCCAGGAUGUCUGUGUGAAAUGUCUGGGAGAAAAGAGAGUCCCCCUCCCAAACAAACAUCCAUUGUGGCCACUAAUCUUUAGAUUGGGCUUAUGGGUGUUUUAUAUGUCAUCCCAAGUUCCCCCUCUGCCCCAGACCUGUUCUUCUGGGCAAUAGCUCCAGGGAAAAAUAGGUAUUAGAUUGUUGUGAAAAUUUAAGAGUAACUACUUAAAAUGCUCUGGGGGUUCUUGGCCAAUCUGUGAAGCUGGGCCUCCUUUUGUUGUGGGGCUACUUGGCUUAAGAGAUGAUGUAGUAGAGAAAAUCAGGUUCUAUUUUAAGCAAUCAGCAGAGAUCAAUAUUGUACAGACAUGAGAAAAGAUUAUAUAUAUUUCUGUAGUAGUGCCAGGGACAAACUGGCCAAAGACCAAACACUCCAGGAUCCCCAGGAGGUUUGUCCUUUUAUCAUUGUGUCUUUAGGGUCAGGUGUGAUUAUGAAGCUUUUCCCAAAGAUAUGGGGAUGGGAAUGGGUGCGGGUAGGAGGAGUAAUGCAGUCAUUGGAGUGGGGUGGCCAGAACAUUAUGAGUGCUCAAUAAAUAUGAAAUAAUAAGAAUGGUGAUGGUGGUGAUGAUGUCCUUGUGAAUUCAAGAAUGAGUAACUAUAAAUCCAUCAUGUCUGUUUGUGACUGAAUUAAUCUGAACCAGUCAAAAGCUGCUGUAGUUGAGUGGAAAGGGACUACGAAAUAAAGCGAACAGGCAUCCUAGGUGGUGCCUAUGGCAGUCGGCCCACCAUCCCAAAAUGUCUUCAAUGAGUAGUGUUGUGGGAGAGAGUGUUUUUAUCUCUGUGAAGCACCGCUGGGCACUUGCCUUCUCAGCCAGUUCCUUGGAAUCACCCUCUUAGUUUCUCACUCUGAUGCUUUGGAGCGUCAGGAGUUGAUAUAAAGGGAAUAUGGUCUUUCUUUGCCUCCUUGACAUAUUUACAUUGGGAAAGCCCAGAACACUGAGAGGGCUGGAAUAUCCCCUUUCCUGUUAUUUACUUUCAAAACCUGGCCUCUCCUGACGUACUAUAAAGGGUUUCCUUGCAGGGCAAAAUCCAGCAUUUACUCAGUGGAAGUCGUAACUGCACAGGUGAGUGCUUUUUACAACCUCAGUAGGCUCUGGAUCUCUCAGGGCUUCUCAACUCUUUGCCUCUCUGCUCUUCACCCCAAAGUUUGUAGAUCCCCUUCCCCACCCCUACCCCUCUUCCCUCCCCCAAACCAAAUGUAUCUCCCCAUCUUAGGCCCCUCUUCCUCAUACUCCGGUGUUCUCAUUUUCAGAAAUCAGGCUGGCUCCCGGUGAAUCUUUUUCUCCUUUUAUCCACCCUAUGUGCUUUGGCUUCCCUGGGUCCUGGAGCUGCUUCCAGUUAUCAAAGAUUGAGAUAAGUGACAGUGCUGGGAGAAGCAGAGAGCUAGAAGCCAAGGCCCAGCAACUAAGCAAUGUGUACAGUCAGAAAAAGCC